CCACUACACCUGUGCAAGGGCAGUGCUCGCCCCUUUCACUGCCAGCAGAGCCCUAGAGCCAGUGACCAGGGCACGAGAAACUCCGUUCUUGCCUUCUUCGCGUAGCAUUUUAUGAAUGAGAGCAAAGCGCUGCCUGAUGACGGCGGGGCCGAGAUGAGCACCGGGUUAGGCUUAUUUCCUGCUGAGGAGAAGGAGGAUGAAGGUAGAUAGGAGAAACUUCGCUGUGAUAUGCAAGACGAAAUAGCUAUAGGCUUUCGUGCUGUACCUCGAAUGGCAGCUUUUACCCAAAUACCUGCCCAAGAACACUCCAGGUUUGAUUCCAGGUAGGCGCAUAACUGGAGUAGGCAGGAACCCUAGCGAACUGCCUUAGGCUGAAUGGUACUUGUUCUCCGGUGUGGGACCUCGCUGCUUCACCUUAUUUUUGGCUCGCUUCUCGCAUUACAGCUGAGUGAGCUGACAUGUGGUGGUCGCCACCCUGGGGCAGGAGCCUAGAAGGCACAACUGCAGGGCCAUCGCGAGCCCGCCAUCCUUUCCGAUGUCCCGGUAUGAUUUUCAUUUCACGUUUGGGAGUAUGUUUUGGCUGGACUCUCGUAGGUGUUGCCUAGCAACUGGACCAGUGCAUUCUGACAUCAGUUAGGUUGCUGUGGAAACAGCCGAUUGCUGUGACAGGAGGCAGAAAAGCAUCACACAGCAACCUCCAUUUUCCUGACUUUAGAGCUCACAAUUGAUGGAUUCAGAUAUGGAUUAUGAGAGACCAAACGUUGAAACCAUUAAAUGUGUGGUAGUUGGGGAUAACGCAGUUGGAAAGACACGCCUUAUCUGUGCUAGAGCAUGCAAUGCUACGCUGACACAGUAUCAACUGCUUGCUACCCAUGUACCAACAGUAUGGGCAAUCGACCAGUACCGUGUAUGCCAAGAGGUACUUGAACGAUCCCGUGAUGUCGUUGAUGAAGUCAGUGUGUCCCUGCGUCUCUGGGACACUUUUGGAGAUCACCACAAGGACAGGAGAUUUGCCUAUGGCAGAUCUGAUGUGGUGGUCUUGUGUUUCUCCAUAGCUAAUCCAAACUCCCUUCAUCAUGUCAAGACCAUGUGGUACCCAGAAAUUAAGCACUUCUGUCCGCGAGCACCUGUCAUUUUGGUCGGCUGCCAACUUGAUCUCCGUUAUGCCGAUCUAGAAGCUGUGAAUAGAGCUCGACGCCCUCUUGCAAGGCCUAUUAGACCAAAUGAAAUCCUUCCUCCUGAAAGAGGUCGAGAAGUGGCUAAAGAGCUGGGCAUAUCAUACUAUGAAACAAGUGUUGUUGCCCAAUUUGGCAUUAAGGAUGUCUUUGACAAUGCCAUCCGAGCUGCACUCAUUUCCAGAAGGCACCUUCAGUUCUGGAAAUCCCACCUUCGCAAUGUUCAGAAAGCACUGCUACAGGCUCCAUUUUUGCCUCCAAAGCCUCCUCCACCAAUUAUUACAGUCCCUGAUCCUCCUUCAAACAAUGAGGACCACCCAGUUCACCUUCUAGAAAAUCCAUUAUGUGCUGACGUUCUGCUGGUUCUUCAAAGCAACAAAACAUUUUAUGGACACAAAAUCUACCUCUCCACAUCAUCUUCAAAGUUCUUUGAUCUGUUUCUGAUGGAUCUAAGUCAGGACUGUGAGUCUGCUUGUGAUCGACUGAGCUAUCAGACUGAAAGAAAUGGACGUGAGCACCUUGUGAGGGCUGCUAGCUUUGAUAUCUGUGAAAGUACUGAAGAUGUGAGUAGCUCACAUAGGACUUCUAACUUACGGACAUCAACAAGUGAUGGUAUUCUGAAAAUUAAUUCUUAUGAAAAUGGGGACACGGGUAAGUCUGACCACAGGCGGGGUAAAAUAUUGUCAUCUUGGAGUAGGGCUUUCAUCAGUAUCCAGGAAGAGAUGGUGGAUGACCCUGUCACCUACAAGAGCCGACUAAUGACAGUGGUGAAACUUGAACCCUCCAUCCAGCCAGGCCCAUUUCGGGCAGUCCUAAAGUACCUUUACACUGGUCAGUUGGACGAAAAUGAAAAGGACCUGAUGCAGAUUGCCCAUAUAGCUGAGCUGUUGGAGGUCUUUGAUUUGAGAAUGAUGGUGGCUAAUAUUUUGAACAAUGAGGCCUUCAUGAAUCAGGAGAUCACCAAAGCCUUCCAUGUCAGGAGGGCUAACCGUGUGAAAGAGUGCUUAGCUAAAGGUACAUUUUCAGACGUCAUCUUUAAGCUGGAUGAUGGCACAAUCAGUGCUCACAAGCCCUUGCUUAUCUCUAGUUGUGACUGGAUGGCAGCCAUGUUUGGGGGACCAUUCGUUGAGAGCUGCACAAGAGAGGUAUCCUUUCCCAACACCAGCAGAAGUGCCAUGCGUGCCGUUCUGGAGUAUCUUUACACAGGGCAGUUUUGCUCCAAUGUCGACCUUGAUUGCUUGGAACUGAUUGUACUAGCUAAUCGGCUGUGCCUUCCACACCUUGUUGCACUCACCGAGCAAUACACAGUGACAGGGCUGAUUGAGGCUAUGCAUAUGGGAGUGGACAUUGACGCAGAUGUAUUACUGUUCUUGGAGAUUGCCCAGUUUCACUGUGCAUAUCAGUUUGCCGACUGGUGUCUUCAUCAUAUAUGUACAAACUAUAACAGUGUGUGUCGCAAGUUCCCCAGAGAAAUGAAGGCCAAGUCUCCAGAAAACCAGGAAUAUUUUGAGAAACACAGGUGGCCUCCAGUCUGGUACCUUAAAGAAGAAGAUCAUUACCAGCGAGCCAAGAAAGAGCGUGAAAAGGAAGAUUAUUUACAUCAGAAACGGCAACCAAGACGGAGAUGGCUGUUUUGGAAUUCCCCUACAUCUUCCUCAUCACAGUCUCCAUCAUCUUCCUCUGCAGUAGUUUGACUCUUGGAACGAAAGAAGUGAAGUGUGCUAUUUUUUUCUUAAAUGGUAUAACACCAUUCCAUGUAUAACGAUUUAUUUCAAAAUACUUUCUGGUUUCAUCUCACUGUUGUGUUUGGAUGAAAUUAAAUGCACAGCCUCUUGUAAAAGGCCCUGGAUCUUUUGACUGUUGUAAACACUUUGAGGAUAACAUUUCUUCUGCCUGACUGACCCACUGCCGAUGACUGAUUAAUCUUAUACGAUUAAUAAUUUAGGGCAGUUAAAUUGCAUUUAAGCUUUGUGCCAAGGGCUUUUAUAUUUUCAUUACUUCCCUACAUACAGCAGAAUUGUUGCUCUGUUUAACGUUAAUCGUUUUAAAUUAAAGAACACCACCAAACUUGCAGUGAUCUUCCUCUAUCUUCAGCAGGGAAUGCUAAAGGACAUAGCUACUCUCUAAGCCCUCAGUAAAAUGCUGCAUAGACAGCUAAUGGAGAUACUAUACAAGACGGUGACGGACUUAAUUCUGAUGCAAAGGCUUUUUGUGUACAUUUGGACUGGAAAUAUUAAGCCAAAUGAAACAACCCAGCAGUCGGUCACCCAGACACACAAACAUUUUUCAGGUGCCUGUACUGUUACUUAAGGUGUGAUGAUUUCUGCGUACUUGGCAUGGGUCUGUCUGAAUGUGACCCACAGGACUUCUGCCAAUGUUAAUUAGAAUAACAGCAACAUUUAAUUAUCAGGUUGUCCUGGAAAGAAAAAAAAAGAAUGGGGUGUGAAGCUCUGAUGGUAUUCAUCCGCCUCCAAGCAGCUCCUGAAGUCGAAGUGUUUCUGGCAUAUUAUUACCAUUGUAGGUCUGCUCCUUUUUAUUAAUAAAAAAGGAACGCUUGCAAGUCUCUCUGUAGAAAUUAAUAUGUGCUGGUUUGCAGAAUUCAUGUUUUCAAGGAAAAGCAGUUAUUUCCAAACAGAUAUUUCAUGUCAUGGAGGGUAAUUGUUGAAACUUUGCCUGUGUGCAGAGCAUAUCAGUUUCCCUUCCUGCUUUCUUUUCCACAGCAGGUAGUAACAAUGGUUUGGUGGAAUCACAUUACUGCAGUUUUAUAUUGUCUACAUCCAAUCGACUAUAGGUGCUUAACUGUUGUCGACAUGUGUGUUCGACUCUGCUUGUCAGUAUUAUGCUGUGCCUGUGUUUAAAAAAGAAAUCUCAGAUCUGACUGUUUUAUAGUCAUGUUUCCUUGUUUUGUUUGUUUUUUCUGUGACCAGAUGAGUCUAUAAUAGAUGAACUUUUCAUUCAUGCUGUCAUGCACCUUGGAAUUGUAAAUAAACUUUGGUUCUGUUUUGCUAUUUUA